AUGGCUGAAAACAUGUUCAGUGGGGUCGGAGCUGAGGCAUAUAAAGACGCGAGAACAGUAGUAACUACCACCACUGGCAAAUUAGUUGAUGUGAAGAAUCUGAAAAGAAACUACAAAAAGUUGAUCACCGAAGCAGAAGAGCUCUGGACACUGAAGGAUGAUAUAGAGAAAGCAAGCAGAGUUAAAAUAAAGCCGGCCAUAAGUAAGUGGAUUGCUGAGGUUGAUAUGCUUAAAAAAGAAGUGAACAGACUGCAAACGGAAUACAAUAAAGGACAGUGGCCGCCGUGGAGAUGGUGCCGCUUAUGGUGGAAGGUUAGUAAUGACUUGAAAACGAAGAGGCAGCAGGUUCGUAGUCUUUUGAUUGAUGGAAAUAUUGAAAAGCGAGUUUUGGAGGAUGAAUUGCCAAGCUCUGUCUGGAUACAAAAUGCACCUGAAAUCGAGGAAAACUCACCACUGAGAGAAGUUGUAAGUGAUGUACUAGUUCAUCUUAAGGAUGAAAAUGUAAGAAGAAUCGGAAUCUGGGGAGCGGUCGGAAAUGGGAAAACCGUGAUAAUGAAGCUCUUGAAUAACAAUGAAAACAUUCGUGAUAUGUUUAAAUAUGUCAUUUUUGAAACGGUCUCAAAGGAGAUGAGCAUAGAGAAGCUGCAAGAGGCCAUCAUGCAACGGCUAAACCUGGACGAGAUGCGUACCGACAACGUCGAAAAAAAUGCUCACAUAAUAUCGGACUGGUUGAAUGAAAAGAAGUGUUUGAUUCUUCUGGAUGAGGUAUGUCAAACCAUUAAGCUAGACGAAGUUAUGGGAAUCCGUAGCAACCAGAAUCACAUCAAGGUGGUGUUGGCAAGUAGAUACCUACGCAUUUGUAGCCUCAUGGAAACUGAUGUUGAAAUAGAAGUGAAACCAUUUUCCCGGGAUGAUGCUUGGAAAAUGUUCAAGAAAAAUGUGGGUAAAGCCAUUUCUAACUCUGACAUUCAAGCAAAAGCUAGGCUUCUUGUUGCAGAGUGUCACCGGUUCCCACUGCUGAUAGACGUAGUAUCCAAAACCUUCAAAAAGAACCAAACAGAUUCGACCCUUUUGGACGAGUUAUUGAAAAGCUUGCAAAGAUGGGACAGUGACAGAGUUGAAGGCAUUGACGAAGUGUUGGAACGCCUGAAGGUUUGUUACGAGUGUUUAAAAGAUGAAGAGAAGGACUGCUUCUUGUACGGUGCAUUGUAUCCUGCAGAAAGCAUGAUAUAUGUGGAUUACUUGAUAGAAUGUUGGAGAGCUGAAGACUUUAUUCGUCAUGCAGAAGAGUUUAGAAAUGCACGUAGUGGCGGGCACAAAAUAUUGUGUGAGCUUAUUGAGCUAUCAUUUCUAGAGAGAACCGCAAAGACGAAAUAUGUUACGAUGAACAAAUUGUUUCGGAAAUUGGCUAUAGAUAUCUUAUCCCAAAAGGAUAACAAAUAUUUGGCAAAACCAUGGGAGGGAUUACAAGAGUUUCCACAUCCUGAAGAAUGUAACCAAGCAAGUAAGAUCUCGUUGAUGGGUAAUCGACUUAGCACUUUACCAGAAACUCUAGAUUGUGGCAAUCCCUCAGCAUUGUUCCUUCAAAGAAAUAAGGACUUGAGUGUUAUUCCUCGAUUGUUCUUCCAAUCAAUGUGCAGACUGCGAGUUCUGGAUUUGCAAGGCACUGGGAUUGCAUUUUUGCCUUCCUCUAUAUCCAUGUUGGUUUUUCUCAGAGGGCUCUACUUAAAUUCUUGCAUCCACUUGACAAAGGUACCAUCUGAAAUAAAAGCACUUCAACAGCUUGAGGUUCUUGAUAUUCGAGGUAGUAGACUUAAUUUACGUCAAAUUCAAAGUUUAAUAUGGUUGAAGUGUUUGCAAAUAUCCUUGUCUAAUUGUUGCAUUGAACGUACUGAGGUAUCCGAUAGUCAAAGGACUGGAAUAAAUAUCAAUCCCUUUCGAAUUCCAAAACUAUUCAAGCAAGUGGCAGUAUCACUGUAUAGUUUUGGCAUGGGAAACCAUACUCAGGAGCAAUCAGGAAUUAUUUCCAGGUUUGUUUCAUUGGAAGAAUUGAGUAUUGAUGUUGAUUCUUCUCAACAGCUUCGGGAAACGGUUGUGGAGGAGGCCAUAGAAGAGAGUGCUAAAUUGAAUCAACUUACUUCCCUUCGAUUGUACUUCCCUAGAGUGGACCAUCUUAGGUUGUUUGUUACCAAAAGCCAAGUGUGGAAUUCUCCCUUCACAUUUCAAUUUUCUGUUGGUUACGAGGACUCAACCCACUCACAAAUUUUCGAGUCCUUACAUUCUCCAAGGUACAACUCUCUGAAAAUGGUGAAUGGUGAAGGCACAGAUCCUGUCAUCUCGGAAGUACUUGGAAAAACUCAUGCAUUUGGACUAGAAAACCACAGGGGAGUUUCCAGUCUAUCUGAUUUUGGCAUUAAGAAGAUGAACCAUAUGUUGGUUUGUUUGCUUGAAGGAUGCAAUGAAGUUGAGACCAUCAUCUCUGUUGGUGGAACCAUGACACGUGUGUUAGAAAACCUGGAAAUUUUGUAUGUAAACAACAUGCUGAGAUUGGCAAGUAUUUGUGAUGGGUUUGUUCCUAUUGGAAGUCUAGGUCAACUAACAACUCUGAAAUUAGUUAGAUGUCCAGAGUUGAAGAAGAUAUUCUCUGAUGGCAUGAUUAAGCAGCUCCCUCAACUACAGCACUUGAGAGUUGAAGAAUGUCAUCAAAUUGAGGAGAUAAUCAUGGAAUCUGAGAAUGAUGGAUUAGAAGCCAAUGCACUUCCAAGGUUGAUGACGCUAGUACUUCUUGAUCUCCCAAAACUAAAAAGCAUUAGGAUUGAUAAUUCAUUGAAUUGGCCUUCUCUACAGAAGAUAAAAAUAUCCACGUGCCGCAUGUUGAAGAAGCUGCCUUUCAACAUGGUGAAUGCAACCAGACUGAGAUCCAUCGAAGGGCAAAACUCAUGGUGGGAAGCUCUAGAAUGGACAGACGAUGGUGCCAUUAAACAGAGACUAGAGCCUCUUUGCAUCCUCAACUAG